UCUUUAGCUGUGUAUAGUGAGUUUACCAGAAGCGACGCUGGUAUACCUCGGAGGGAGAGAUACAUUGGGACUGUUAAAUUCGGUUUCGUUUGGUGAAAGGCUUGGCUGCUUGAGGCGCUCACGGUGAACUUGCGUCAGUGUGGCUAAGUGUUGCAGCCACCACAGUAGUUGUCAACAGUAGGUGGAUAGACGGUUUCAUUUGCAACUUUGAGUUUGGUUCCUUGAAACACAAGGGUGUGAAAAAGUUGCUCUGGUGGUAGAGCAACUAUUUGACCAAGUUGAUUUGACCACCAGUCCGUUGUUUUGACCACGAGCCCGUUUUUUGAACACCAGCCCGUUGAUUUGAUCACCAGCCUGUUAUUUUGACCACCAGCCUGUAGUCUUGACCAGAUGCCAUUAACACAAGGCUGGUUUAAUUACAGGUCAGGACACCUUGAUUACAAGACACGUGUUGUGACCAUACCCAAGCAGCGGGAAGAAGCAUGAGUGAGUAUAACGUUUACUCAAGAGAUGAACAACGUUAUGAAACGUUGCUCCGUUAAACGUUGCUUUCCCAGCUUUGCCCAGAGAGUAGUUGUGGUAGUUUAACUACACGUAACGUCCCAGUGGACACAAUAUCUAAGAUUAACGUCGAUUUAACGUUAUUCAGAUACAAGGUGUGUUUACCGUAAACGAGAUGUUGUCUAACAUUAGACUUUUUGUUGUAAUUUUUUCCGAUGCGACGUUUAAUUUCUAAUAUUUAACAAUAGCCUCGAUGUAUUUAGUCUUCAGACCCGAUGUUUCGACCAUAAUCUCAACAGCUUGAGGAAAAUAUCUGACGUGUAAACCUUGAACUCGGGGAUUUGACUAAUGGUUUAGUUUCUCCUCACUUUCAUAAUUCAAAGCUUUUCUUGCAACCAAUCCAAAUUUAGAGGCUGGAUUGAUUCAUGCGACAUAAAUCAUUUAAUUGCUAUAAACAUGUAUAACUGUAUGCGCGUGUUAGAGUGAUUGAAUAUAAAUUCUCGCAAUUUGACAGCAAAAAGAGUCGUGUUGUAUAUAUAUAUAUAUAUAUUGGCUUUUUGUCAAGCAGUUUCUAAACUUCUUCCCAAAUUUUGACAGGCUGCCUCGGGAUGGCAGCCUGUCAAAGCCAGGCGGGGAUCCUUCAGCUUGUCAAAGGCAAGAGGGCCUCCUCAGCCUGUCAAACGAAUGAGGGGCCCACCUCAACCUGUCAAAGGCAGGAGGCCCUAGGGGCCCCCAGAGUGAUCCAAUCUUAAAAAAAAAAAAAACACUGAACAAAGGUAUCUAAUUUCAUACCAGGAGCAGACGGACUCUCUUUGAAUCUAUUUUAAAUAGAUAACAUGUAAUAUCGAACAAAUUAUAUUGGUGAAAAUACGUCAAAAAAGCACAAGCAGACUAUUUUUGUACCAAAGGAGGUUCACUGUUAUAUUAUUUGGAAGAUCUUUAGAUGUGAGGAGAAGCCCUCGUGAUGAGAGGAGAUACAAAAAAGACUGUUUGAUUCAUCAAGGUUCAUCUCCGGGUUGACAGGCAAGAGAACAUCAUCUUGCCGGAACCAUCACCAGCAUCAACAAUGACGCUGGAUAUCAAGAUGCUCCCUAUGAAAAUUCAUUAUUUUAUACGUUUUGCAGGUACCGGCCCACUCACGUCCUUCCUGCCUGUCAUAGCCAGACAGAAGGGGGUGUCGGAACAGACAGUCGGCAUGAUAUGGACAGUGCUGCCCUUCCUCAGCCCCGUGACCAAAACGUCUGCCGGUGCGAUAGCCGACUGCUCGAAGGGACAUCGUGCAGUGUUUUUAGGAGGUAUCGUCGUGAUGUUGGUAGCCCUCACGGGGUUAUACUGGACCCCCGAUAUUCCUACACACUGCUUCAACGCUACGCUCAUCAAGCCUCCUGGAGACUUCGCGGACUUGCAGAAUUCUACGAACUCCCAGAAGGGUUCCGCGACCAGCAGCAGCACGACGCUCGACCAUCUUGCGAAGCUUCACAACGGAGAAAGUGGCACCAGUAACACUGGAGGUUCCGUUUUGUCUAGUUACGGAGAGAACGCUGCCUCAUCUAACCUCUCCAUAGAACUCCAAGAACACGAGCUGUGUUCUUCACUCCAGGGACACAUAGAGUACCUGUCUGCCGGGGAGCUGGCGAAGCGCUACGAGUUCUGGGGGUUGUUUGCGUGCCUCCUGCUGCAGUACUGCGGCCACGUCGUCGUCAUCACCCUGCAGGAGACCGUCUGCUUCCAGAUGCUCGGAGCUGCCCACCACAAGUACGGUCAACAGCGCCUGUGGGGUACUGUAGGCUGGGGCCUCUCUGCCAUGGUAUCUGGAGCCCUCGUCGACUGGUACUCUAAAGGGCUGCAUAAGAAGGACUACUGGCCCGCUCACGUGUUGACCGCGGCGUUCCUGCUCACCGACCUGCUAGUGGUGGGUCGCCUGCGGUUCUCCGUCCCCGACAGGAAGAUGACACCCGCUGCCAUCCACGGGGCGCUGUGGCGUCCUCAGGUCCUCCUCAUACUGGCGAGCAUAGUGAUCAUAGGCUCAACCUGUGGCAUGUUGUGGACCUUCCAAUUCCUGCUGGUGGAGGACGUGGCCCUCCUGUGGGACCCGGACUUCCCGCAUCUCAAACUCCUGCUGGGGCUGUGUCAGGGAGUCCAGUGCUUUCUGGCCGAGGUUCCCUUCUUUUUCAUGGCAGGUCGCAUCAUUCAGAGGUUCGGGCACGUCAACACCUUGCUCAUGUCGCUGGUGGGGUUCGCGCUCCGCCUCAACCUCUACUCCGUCAUCACCAACCCUUGGUGGUUCCUGCCGGCUGACCUCCUCCACGGCGUCUCCUUCGGCAUCGCCUACCCGUGCCUCACCUCCUACGCCAGCGUCGUGUCACCCAAGGGCGCCGCCGCCACCGUACAGGGCAUCUUCGGCGCUGCCUUCUUCGGCGGCACUGGUCUCGGGGCUCUGGUCGGCGGGCGGUUGUUCCAGGAUCUGGGUGGACGCAGGGCCUUCCUGACGGUGGGCGUCUUCAGCGGCGUCUACGCCCUGGUCUUCACGGCGACCCACGCCCUCAUCACCCGUGGGCGUCCUGGAGAGCCCUCGAACAUCGAUACCACACCAGUGUGUGAAGAGGGAGUCCAGGAGAGGAGAGCGGAGGAGACGUUAAGGAAGGAUGAAGAGAGACUAGAAGAAGAAGAACUCAAGAAUGGGAUGACGGAGGAAGAAGCGGAAGACAAGGAAAUGGAGAAGCUGUAACUAGUUGAAAGCAAUAACUGAGAAAUGCCUCGUCGCUCACACCAGUCAGCCCUCAGACGACGGGAGGUCGUCCUCUCUGGGUCGUCUCCAGUGGGUCGUCUUCAGUGGGAUCCCAACGGCAACACAUUAAAUUUUACAGCAAGAACUAACAUUUGUACGAACAAUUAGAAAUUGCAAAAAACAAAACAAAAUAAGACUUAUGGCGUGUGUGUGUGUGUGUGUUUGUCCUGUGAUAUGUAAAACAACUUGUGGUUUUAUAUAGACGGAAGAUAUUACAUUUAUCUUAUAUAUGGACAUUAAAGGUUACUGACCUUGCAA